GUUGGUCAUUCGACUUACUGCUCAAACGCUUCACCGUUCUCAUUCUCCUGGUUAGGCAGACUGGUUUGGGACACUCGUACCACGUGCCCUAAAAACAGUCCGGAGUAGUUACUGUUGUCAACGCCUGAGAGUGGACCUCGAAUCCAGCGUGAAUGAGAGAAAGACGCAACCGCGUUUGAGGAUUUUAUAAUCAGAUCCCCCUUGGACUUUAAAAUACUUCUGUUUUCUUCAUUGGACCUGGAGAUCUUAAGCGUCCUUCAAUGAAUGUCCGCGGUUUCUUCAAGAAUGUCCUGAACAGUGAGCAGGCUCAGGAUACAUCCGCUAUUCCACCGGAUGAUCCAAACAGCGGGACACUCGGUUCUGGCGUGAGUGGAUUUUUGUCCGGCACUACACGAUUUCUAGACACUGUCCAAAACAAAAAGAAUGGUUUGCUCAACGAUUUGACAACAAAAUUCAGUGGGAUAAAAUUACCCGGUGAUCAAUCCGGUGGACGCACAAAAAGAAAGAAAACAUCUCGAGUGCAAGAAAAUGAGGGAGAUGAAGAGAGUUCCGCUAGCGAAUAUGGCGAUGAAGGUGACAAACCCAUGUAUGCAGAGCAAGCUCCGUUAGAAAGUCAAGAAUCUGUGGACAGUGUGGAUAGCCUACCUGAACAGGAAGCGGAACAAUGCAAAGCGGAAAUUCGAACAAUCAUUUCUACCAUACUACAACAAAACGCAAUAUCUCCGGACUUGGAGGCUAACUUUCAGAAUUACUCAAUGCACCACACAGGACGAUCUGCAUUUGCCAAGGAACUCAAGCGCCAGACGAACCAGACGAAGGAACUUCCCGCAUCGGUUUUGAAUCAACUUGGCCAGUACGCUUCGCAUGUUUUGGUUCACUGCAACGAAAAUGAUGAUUUUGCUCCGGCCACACAGAUUAUGCAAAGAAGCUUUACUCUGUACCAUGAGGUGAGAGCGCUCUCAAUGGAUGAACAUGGCGAACAGCACUACUUGUUCACACUGCUCCGCGAUCAACCAAUUUGGCAGUCAAUGCGAUUCUGGAAUGCUGCUUUUUUUAUCGCCCUGCAGACAGAACGCAGAAAUCAAACCAUUCCUGCCGGUCUCCGUGAUGAUGAGACACUUCUGGCCGAGAAAGAACAACAAGAAAACGCUGCUUUCAUUCAGAUCAGCAAAUUCGUAUGGAGAAUGCACGCGUUUGGCAUUCCGAGGGAAUCAUGCGUGGAAUUCUUGCGCAAGCAAGCAAACGGAGAAAAUUUGUCAAAAGAUAGAUGCCGGAUACUGCACACAAACCUGCAAAAACUUUACGAGACUGAAGCAAGACCGAAUUAACGGGCAUAUCUAGAAGUCAUUUAACCACAAUCACAAGAUCACGAGAUCACCAAGGUUCAAUCAAUGAUCAAUAUCUAUCAUACUUGCAUGAUAUACUUGAUUCCAUGAGUCUUUUUGGGUAUAAUGCAACAAUCGACUCUUAUACUCUUUGAAGCGGAUCUUUUUUGUCUUGGUCUUUGUUCUGAGUUGACCUUGUCAUUUAAUUUUAUAUCACUUUGGCAUUGGCUAUCAUCAUGUUCAUUCUUCUUGGUGUCACCUCUCAAAUCUAUUUAGCCAGGUUUUCUUCAGUCCUGUCACACAUUCUUAGAUGUGAGUCCGCGUGUUGUUAUAAACAUCAUUACACUAAUAAAACACCGUCGUUAUCCCA